UAUGGUACACUGAAAAAAAGGUAAUUGGCAGGUCUUUGAAUAUGCUAAAUCAUAUUUUGUAGGUGUUACACAAUUUAUACAUGUUUCUUCUGUAUACAUGAUUUAUUGAAGUAAACUGGAGUUAUUUUUCCACAAUGUUAAAUGUACACAAUUUUCUUGCAUUGACUAAAAGUGAUUACAUUGCCUAAUUUAAAUCAAUAUAAUCAUGUUCAACUAAAACCGGAAAUGACACUGUUCAAAAAAGGCGCCGUAAAAUAUUAUUGGACGAUUGAAAGCGUUUUCAGCCAAUUGUGAUCACCCAACAAGAUUGGAGGAGACGGGUGUAACCACCUGCAGCAGAAGCCUGCGGCUUUUUCCCUCGCAUGGAGCUAAUGUGGAGUCUGAGUGAGCACAUGGAUACUGAGUGAGAAAGUUUAGGUGUUACUGGGAAUGUGGAGAUGUAAGGGGUGCACAGAAACUGUGUCAAGUAGGUCUAAGCUUUUGCAUCACUACAAAUUAAAGCAUCCACAUUUUGGACAUAGUUCUCACUUUCCAUGCACAUACCAGAAUUGUCCGUGUACCUUUAAGACAUGGAAUGCCCUUAUUGUCCAUCAAAGUAAAAUUCACUGCACAGAAGUCUCUUGUAAAGUGAAAGCAAUUUUCAGCUGCCACUUGUGUAGUUGCAAUGAUUUGUCAUCAGAAAGGGAUUAUUUUGCUCACAUAUAUUCCCAUCUUAAAAGAAAUGAGACUGUCAUUUGUAUGUUUUUAGGGUGUGAGUUCAAAACAAACAUUUACAGCACAUUUAAAACACACAGAAAUCGCAAACAUAGCCAUCACAGACUAGCUGAUUUUAAACAGGGAGUAGUUGUAAAAAGCAAAACUGAAAAUGAUUUAGAGCAAAAUGAUCAGGAGUUAGCAGAACAGUCUGAUGCUGUCAUUCUUUCACGUGGUCAGUGUCGUACUGAGAAUGUGCAUGAAGUAAUAGAGCAAAGAUUUGCUGCUGCUUUGCUGAAGUUGGAGCAUUUGGUUCUUGUACCCAGUUCAGCCAUUGAUGUAUUUUUAGAGGAACUCCAUCAUUUAAUUUGUUCUGCAUCCAUCCCAUUAUCUUAUGACACAUUGAGUAACAUCUUUCAUCAGAGAAACCUCCUUGUUGAUGAAGUUAUAGUUGCAGAAACAGUUGAUGCUAUUUGCUCUGGUAAUCCUGUGCAAAGAUCCAUUCAAAAGGGUGGCCCUUUAAGUACAGCUUAUCUUCGUAAGCUAUAUUACAAGGAGAAGUUCAGUGUCGUAGAGCCAGUUGAAUACAUACUUAAUGUUAAAAACAAACACAGUUUCCAAUAUGUCCCCUUACUGAAGUCUUUACAACAGCUGUUGAGUAGAAGGGAUAUUGUUGAGCAGUUUGUUGAAAGUUAUCAAAAGCAAGAGGAGACAGAUUGUGGAAACUCGGAUCUGUACCGUUCUUCAAAAGAUGGUUCUCUAUUUAAUGGAAAUUGUUUUCUUGCUGGUGAAAAAUUGAGGAUCAUCCUAAAUUUUUAUGUGGAUGACUUUGAAACCUGCAACCCUCUUGGCACAUCAAGGAAGAAACAUAAGCUUUGUGCUGUUUAUUGGGUGUUGGCUAACUUGCCCCAGGGGUCUAAUUCCUCAUUAUCAUCCAUCUACUUAUCAGUCUUGUGUAAAACCAACGAUGUUAAAAGUUAUGGUUAUGAUAAAAUCUUGGAACCUCUUCUACAGGAUUUGAAAAUACUUGAGGAACAUGGUGUUUAUGUACCGCUGUUAGGAGAGUCAGUUAAAGGUACACUAUUCAGUGUAGUUGCUGACAACCUGGGAGCACACAGUGUUGCAGGAUUUUUGCAGAGUUUUUCUGUGGAGUACUACUGUAGAUUUUGCAUAGGAAAGAACAAGGACAUUCAACUAUACUCUGUUGCAUCUGGUGCUUUUCCUCAAAGAACCAAGGAGCUUCAUCAGGUUCAUGUCCAACAAGCCCAAGAAACAGGCACAGGUUGUUUUGGAGUAAAAAGGGAAUGCAUCUUCACCAAAAAUCUAACUCACUUUCAUGUCAUCUUUGGUUAUCCCCCCGAUCUUGCUCAUGAUGUUUUUGAGGGCAUAAUACCAGUAGAGUUGGCUCAUUGCUUAUCAGUGCUUAUAUCCAAAAAGUUUUUCACAUUGGCCCAUUUGAAUAGUGCUAUUCUGAAGUUUCCCUACAAAUUUGGUGACAAGGCAAAUAAACCGCAUGUGGUGUCACAAAGUUUCUCCAGCACAAAAACAGUUGGAGGCAAUGCACAUGAGAACUGGAGCUUACUCAGGUUUUUAUCUUUUUUAGUUGGAUCACUUGUGCCUGAAAAUGAGCCUGCUUGGCUUGUUCUCAUGGAUCUGAAGGACAUCACAGAGCUUGUAGUCGCUCCUGUACAUAGUGAUGACUCUUUGGCCUUUUUAGAAAGUAAGAUCUUAGAACACAGGCAAAGAUACCAAGCGUUGUUCCCAGACAUCAAACUGCUCCCAAAACACCAUUAUUUGGAGCACUAUCCUCAGAUGAUUAAGCUGUUUGGUCCAGUUGUCGGUCAGUGGACAAUGCGUUUUGAGGCAAAGCAUAGCUUUUUUAAGAAGAUUGUCAGACACACAAGCUGCUACAAAAAUAUUCCUCUCUCGCUGGCCUUGAGGCAUCAGAUGAUGAUAGCUUACCAUCUAAGCUCUCCAAGUUUUAGCACUUCUGAACUUGAAGUUUCAGCUGUGUCAACUCUACCUGUUGACUUGCUCAAAGACGAGAUAGCUCAAACAAUCAGAGAUAGAUUCCCUGACACACCAGAGGUUCACCUUACACAGAGUGUGACAGUAAAUGGCAUAACUUAUAAGAAGGGAAUGGUACUGGUUCACAGGGCAACAGGUGGGUUGCCCGAAUUUUGUGAAAUUGACCAAAUCUGCAUUUUGCAUCAAAGUGUAUUCUACAUAGUAAGAGAGCUUGGUGGCUGGUACAGAGAACACUAUAGAGCCUUUGAACUCAACUCAGUAUCCACAAGAUCAUUGAUUCUUGUAGCACUCAGUGAACUCCUUGAUGCUUAUCCUCUUGUUGACUACAAGAUUGGAUCUGUUCGGAUGGUGACCUUGAAAAGACAUAUAGAAAUAAAAGGUGAUGAAAAGCUUUUGUUUUCUAUAUUACAUGUGGUUGUUUUCUAACACAAUUUGUUGCAUUUACAGGUGCACCUGGGUUUUAGCAGUUUUUAAAAUUUAUUUAUUUUCUCCAGUGAUUAAAAAUGGCUCUCCUGCGGUUCCAAUGGGCCUGUAUCUUUUGUUGUCAUCUUUAGUUUGCACAAAUGACCUCAUCAGUGUUUGCCGGCUUUCCUUUUAAAGGAAGUUUCACACUGGAAGCAUCAGUGGCGCAAAAAGGCAGCGGAAGCCUUACUGAGAUGCUAUUGUUUUCGAUCAUUUUUUUCACUCUAUUUUAGGGCUGCUCAAUUAAUCGAAUUUUAAUCACGAUUACGAUCUGAGUUUUGAACGAUUAUAAAAAACAAAACAAGCCGAUUAUUUGCUCCUCCCGCUUGCGCUGCCCUGAGUAGCAAAUGAAGCGCUCCUUACAGUGUUGCCAACUUAGCGACUUUGACGCUAUUUCUAGCAGCUUCUCAGACCCCCUUCUUGGCUUUUUAAAUCUUAAAAGUACCUAGCGAACACCUCAGAAACAUCUCUGGUAACCCUUAGCUACUUUCUGGAUAACUGUCGUCGACAUUUCCUGCAGGUUAGCUAAACACGCCGCCUGCGCUCCGGACCGUUCUUCAGGACAUUAUAGGAAAGGGAAUGAUGUAGUGAUGUGUCAGUUGCUAAAGACAGCUCUCGGAGCCGGCUCCCUGUUGGAUUAACCAGAGUGAGUGACACACACCGCACCUGCGGACUCCUGAGUCACUAAAAACGGCUAAAUGUGCGCGUGCUAAACACACGUGCAGCUUGCCCCGUUUGCUGUGAGAGCAGGUUGGGGGUGGGGGUGCAGCUGUGGUUGGGACAAUUAUUACAUUAACUGAUGGACUUGUAAAUAAAUAAUUUAUAAAUAAGGUAGAAAUAAGUUCCUCACACUGAUAAAUAAUAACUAAUCUCUCUGAGGACACGGUGCUAGUGCACUCUCCUACAGCACCUUGACACGACUCAAUAAAUGUUAUGCAAAAUUUUGUGAACAUCAAUUUAUUUGUUAUAAAUGCCACUGUAUAAUUCUUGCUGUCAGUAUUAGCAAGAUAUUGGUAUUUGGGUCUGUACUGGUUAGACUUAAAUGAGCUAAACCAAGGUCUAUAGCCCUUGGGUCAUAGACUAUGGGCUAAAAGUAUAUUGGUCUUUUUAUACUGGGAAUCAGGAGUUCUUUUAGUGAUCAUCUUGUUUCUUAUUUAUUUUUGUCCUGAUUGUGCCCUGAGCAAUUUUAUGACUGAAUAAAAACAAAUAAAAUCAACAUAAAUAGAAAAAUCGUCCUAAAUAAUCGUGAUCUCAAUUUCAGUCACCAUAAUCGUGAUUAUUAUUUUUGCCAUAAUCGAGCAGCCCUACUCUAUUUACUGUUCUUUUCUGUGCUUUUAAGCUUGAACAUUUGCUGUUGUAAGUAACUGGAAGGAAAAUUGACUUGAAUGACUUGGAACAUUUUUUGAUUAUUUACAUGUAAAUUUUCUGUUUGCAGAGUAAGUGUUGAAAAUGGGAACUGCUAUGAUCCUAAAGAUCAUCUUGGCUGAUGGUACCUCUCAGAGACUGACACUCUCCAGUGGACCCCCAGCAUCUAUUGAUGAUCUAACUGAUGAAGUGAGGAAGCAGUGCGGACUUCAUGGAGAUUUCAAACUUCAGUUUAUGGAUGCCUUGUUUGGAAAUGAAUUCCUGAACCUCACUUCAAUUUCCGAAGUUGAAAACAAAGGGACUCUUAAAGUCAUUGACGUGUCAAAGACUGCUACUGUCCAGCACAUGGAUGAGGACUCUACUUUUAAUCUUGUCUCAGAAUCACAAGUAUUCACGCCUUCCUCUGUUGGUGACUCCUCAUACCUGUCAGGGGUAUCUGAGGACACGGAUGUGAUGUCAUCGAGUGAAUUGGUUGGCUCACGAUCAUUGUGGCCUGCUGUGUUUCAUGUUCCUACGUUUUCUUUUGAUUCAGAGUUGAAACUUCAGCAUGCAAAUUUGGCUUACAUUCAGAAUGGGACUACACUUAUUCCAGAUCCGAAGUUGAAAUCGGCAAUCCUUGAGAGUUUGGUGCAGGAAAUUGUGAAAUAUAAAGUCUAUGCCAACGAUAAAGAAAUGCACGAGGUUGCCCAGAGUCUCAUCAAAAAGCAUCCUUGUUUGACAGAGAAAGGGUCCAGCACUGGAUGUGGUGGGUGGAAGACCAGUUUAAAAUAUAAACUGUCUAACUACCGCACACAGCUGAGAAAACUUGGAUACCCAGAGGUGACUGUAAACUCUUUAAAAAACAAACCUGUUGGAAGGCAAAGUGCAGCCUUUGGUGUUAAAAAGGCAAAGAGAGCAGAAGUGAAUUUUUGUCCACCAUACCCAGCAGCAGAAACCGAGGACACACUGGAGACUAUGCAGAAAUCUCUACUUUUGGAUGUAAAGCAGAGAAACAACAGAAAGCUUGUAAAACACAAGAUGGAAAAGACCUUUGCAUUAAGACGACAUGAAGUUGUUCGGGAUGCACCAAUGGUGGAAUCUUUCAUGGCGAAAUGGCCUGCCCUGUUUGAUGUCAGUGAGAUCAAUGCUGAAUUUGAGAGGAUAACCACAGUUCCACUACAGUCAAAGUUCCUGUCUCAGCUGGAUCUCCACUCUGACACCCUUAUAAAGUUGUUCCAAAAAAGAGGAGGGCAGCUAGGAAGAAGGCUCAAAACGAUUGUUGCACAAAUACCUGAUUGUGACGAGCCAGACGCUGGACGCGAGUGUAUCAUCAAAGGACUCUGUGUCUACAUGGGGGAAGAUCCAGAGAACCUUGUGCAGGAAUAUGUGGACAUGGAUGAAAAUGCCAUCAAAGAGGUCAUUCAAGACACCACCAUUGGAAUAUAUGUCAUAAAACGAUCUACUUCUGCGGAACCAGAGGACAUUGGGAUUAUCCUUGAAGGAAUCAGCGUGUUGCAGGAUUUGGAAAAUGUAGCAUUAGCAGUUGCUAUGCUAUUUGGACUCAUGUAUGCACUAAACCUCAACUACCCGGUUGACCUCCGUUACACCUUUGAGGUAAUCCAGAAGGUUUUCAUGGGACUGGAUGGCAGUAAACCUUCCAACAAAACACUUGCUCUCAAAAACCAGCUGUUUCAGUGAGUGAUUCAAUGACUACAGUUUGUGUUGCCUUUUGUAUUGACCCAUUUUGGCCUAUUGUUGUCUCUUUACUCCACUGGAAGUUGGUGGUGUUUUAUUAUUCAUUGUUGAGUAAUAUUGAAUAGUUUAUAAUAACUAUGUUCCAAGUCAUUACAGGCGGGUCCUUAAAUAGUUCCAGUAUUUGAAUAUUUCAGCAGCUUUGCACUUAUCGAUUUUAUUCUGAUUAAUAUGAAAGUUCGAUUUUAUCAUAAAAUGUUUUAUAUGUGGGGAGCUCAUUCAGAGCAGGUUUUCUGUGUCUGGAUAUUUUAGCAGAUUUGCACUCAUCAUUGUUAUUAAUGUGAAAGCCUUGUUCAUGAAAUGUUUUAGAUGGGGGAAGCUCAUUAAGAGUAGCAAGAUUUCAGUUUUGCUGGAAAGGUUCAUUUGAAACUAAAUUUAAAAUUCAUUGAUGUGAAAUACAAUAUUUAGGACAGAGAAGUUUUAAUUAAACUGACUGAUAUGCAGUUUUGCUCUUUUUCUAUUGCUGUAAAGACAAUUCCACGGGUUCUUUUGUUUCCCUCAAGUCAGUACAAAAAUAUCUUGUUAAGAGUCAAUGAUAAUGGAAGUUUAUUGCUUUGUCAUUUUCUGCCCUUAAAAUGUUAAUAAACUGAGUUUUACUACAA